CGUUGCCGUGAGACGGCUUCUGUUUGUUAAGGUUUCAAAGUACACCGCUAAGCACGUUCCAAGUUUAUUAUAGUUAAGGCGAGAUGGAUGACAAUCAAGUAGAAUUUGUUCUGAAAACCGAUAGAAAGUGCCUGCAAACAGCCGUAAAUCAAAUGGUGAAUAAGAGAAUAGAUAAAUGUGGUAGAAAUUUAGAGCAGCGCCGGUUAAAGCUUCAUAAUUCAUUAUACGAGGAAACACAACAGCUGAACAAGGAAUUAGAAAUUUAUAAUGCUAAAAUGAAAGAGAUGGAAGAAAUUAAUAAGAGAACAAAGGCAAUGCAGAUACAGGCCAGUAUUGAAGCUAAAGAAAGAGAAAUGGUUGCUCAAAAAGAAGCUCUACGGCAUAAGUUGUAUUCCGAUGAUAAAAAAUUUCAAGAAUUCGUUAACCAGCGGCAUGAUGUUGCUAUCAUGCAAAAGCAACAGAUGUUGGAAAAGAGGAAAAUUGAAUCGAAUGAGAAAACACUGGAUAAAAUUUGGGAGGAAAUCAGCAGGGAAUGGAUUGCCAUAACAGAUACCGAAGAAGCCAGAAAGAAAACGCAUGAUAUAAUCAAGAAAAAAAUCUACCAUGAGAAUUUAUCAGAACAAAUUAGAGAAAAAAUGGAAUUCGCCAAAGAAGAACUGUACCAGAAAAUAAUGCAGAAAGUUGAAUUAGAAGAGCUCGCAAAACUUCAUGAGAUCAAUAUGAAAAAAGAAAAUGAAGAAAAGCAAAGAGAAAGAAUGAGAAUGGCAAAAGCAAAAUAUGAAAACUACAAACAGAGUUUAAUGGUGAAAAAAUUCAAGCGAAACGAAGAGGCUCUGCUAAACAAGUACUACCAGGAGAUGAACGCUUAUGAUCCUUUUGAAGAAAAGUAUAGAAUACAAAAGGAAAAGGAACAAAUGCGACUGGAAUUAGAUUUGUACAAAGAACAUGUUUUGACGCUGAGACAAAAACAAAAAGAAGAAGAUUUAUUUGAGGACGAGCUAAGGAAAAAAGAAGCAGCAGAAAAGGAAGAAAAGCAAAACCAAAUUAUAGAGAGAGAAAAGUUAGAAAGGAUCAAACAGGAACAAGAUGUCAUGAGGAUGAGAAUGGAACAGAUUUUGAUGAAACGUGAAGACCAACCUUACUACUACUACUAAAUUUUGUUAAUGCAUUGCUCAAUAAAAAUUCUGUAUAUAUAAAACCAAGUUU